GCGCCGGAGAGAGGCGAGGACCACCACGACACCACGGAACGAGGAGACUGCUGUACCGCACAUCCCGGAGAAACGGACCUGCUAUUUAUGGCAUGUGGCUGAUAACUGUUAUUCUCCUGUACUCCUUGCGAAAAGCUUUCAGUGAAGAUGCAGGAACCAGUUUAUACUUUGUGAAUGACUCAAUACAGCAGUUCACGUUUUCGAACUUAGUGGGGGUGUCGAUCCCCUGUCCCGCCGCUGGCUCUCCGAGUGCGGUGCUCCGUUGGUAUCUGGCCACAGGAGAUGACAUCUAUGACGUGCCAAAUAUUCGGAAAGUUCACGCCAAUGGCACGCUGCAGCUGAACCCCUUCACCAAUUCCGCCUUCAACAGCUUCAUCCACGACAAUGACUACUUUUGCACUGCAGAGAACUCCGCGGGAAAGAUCCGGAGCCCUAAUAUCCGGGCAAAAGCAGUUUUCAGGGAACCCUACACAGUGCGCAUGGAGGAUCAGAAGGCGAUGCGCGGAAAUGUUGUCGUGUUUAAAUGCAUCAUCCUUCCUGCUGUGCAGGAGUAUGUCAGUGUGGUGUCCUGGGAAAAGGACACAGUCUCCAUCAUCCCAGGUAACCGGAUCUCCAUCACCUCUUCUGGGGCACUUUACAUAUCAGAUGUGCAGAAGGAGGACGCCCUGUCCACCUAUCGCUGCAACACCAAGCACAAGUACACCGGUGAGACAAGACAGAGCAAUGGAGCCCGUCUCUCUGUUCUGGACCCCACCGAGUCAAAACCGACAAUCCUGGACAGUAUGCAGUCCCAAGAGGUAGGAGUGGGGCAGAGCGUCGAGUUGGCCUGCAUUGCAUCGGGAUACCCCAAUCCUGCCAUCCGCUGGCUGAAAGAUGGACGUCCCCUGCCUGCUGAUAGCCGUUGGACCAAGAGCUUGACUGGGCUGACCAUCAGUGACCUUCGUCUAGAAGACAGUGGUACCUACAUCUGUGAAGUGACCAACACGUUUGGAUCAGUGGAGGCCACAGGUCACCUCAGUGUGAUUGAACCUUUACGGGUGACUCUGACACCAAAGAAGCUGAAGACUGGCAUCGGCAGCACUGUGAUCCUUUCGUGUGCUGUCCAGGGUUCUCCUGAGUAUACCAUCCAGUGGUACCGCAACACAGAACUGGUGACACCAGAUGACUUCAUUUCCAUCCGCGGUAUCAACAACGAGACUCUUCAGAUCACGGCAGCACAGAAGAGCCAUUCUGGAGCUUAUCAGUGCUUUGCCACCCGGAAAGCACAGACUGCCCAGGACUUUUCUAUUAUCCUUUUAGAAGAUGGCACCCCUCGGAUCAUCUUCUCCUUCAGCGAGCGUGUGGUCAAUCCAAGGGAAUCGUUUUCUCUGAUGUGUUCUGCGAAAGGAGCACCCCCUCCCACGAUUAGCUGGACCCUGGAUGAUGAGACAAUUGUGAGAGACAGCAACCACCGGACAAACCAGUACACCAUGUCUGAUGGGAGCACAGUCAGCCACAUGAACAUCACCAGCUCACAGAUUACCGAUGGGGGGGUGUACCGCUGCACAGCCCGCAACUCCGCUGGUAGCGCCGAGUACCAAGCGCGAAUAAACGUAAGAGGUCCUCCCAGCAUCCGUGCCAUGAGGAACAUUACGGCAGUGGCAGGGCGUGACACUUUCAUUAACUGCCGUGUCAUUGGCUACCCCUACUAUUCCAUCAAGUGGUACAAGGACUCCCUCCUCCUUCCUGAUAAUCACAGGCAGUUUGUGUAUGAGAAUGGCACUCUGAAGCUGACCGAUGUCCAAAAGGGGAUGGAUGAAGGAGAGUAUGUCUGCAGCGUCCUCAUCCAGCAGCAACUGUCAAUCAGCCAGAGUGUCCAUGUCACAGUUAAAGUGCCUCCUCUUAUCCAGCCCUUCGAGUUUCCCCCGGCGUCCAUUGGCCAACUUAUUUAUAUCCCCUGUGUACUGUCAUCCGGAGACAAGCCCAUUCGCAUCACAUGGCACAAAGAUGGACAGGUCAUCGUGUCAAGGUCCGAAGUCACCAUUGAGACCAAAGACCACAUGAGCUCCCUGCAGAUUAUGAACGUGUCCCUGAAGCACAAUGGUAACUACACCUGCAUAGCAAGCAACGACGCGGCCACAGUCAGCCGAGAAAGACAGCUGAUUGUGAGAGUGCCACCACGCUUUGUAGUGCAGCCCAAUAACCAGGAUGGAAUCUACGGGAAGUCAGGAGUCCUGAAUUGCUCAGUGGACGGAUACCCACCGCCUAAAGUUAUGUGGAAACACUCCAAGGCUAGUGGAAAUUCCCAGAAGUACCACCCAGUUACACUCAAUGGGAGAAUCCAAAUUCUGGCUAAUGGAUCUUUGCUCAUCCGCCAUGUUCUAGAAGAAGAUGUUGGUAAUUACUUGUGCCAGGCUAGCAAUGGAGUGGGGACAGACAUCAGUAAGUCCCUCUACCUCACAGUGAAAAUUCCAGCGAUGAUCACCUCCCACCCAAAUACCACUAUGGCAAUCAAGGGACAGAAUAAGGAGCUCAACUGCACUGCCCGAGGUGAAAGACCCAUCAUCAUUCGGUGGGAAAAGGGAGACACAGUGGUGGACCCUGACCGCAAUGCUCGAUAUGCCAUUUCCACCAAGGACAGCGGUGAUGAGGUCAUAUCCACACUGAAGCUAAAACCAUCAGAGCGUGGUGACUCUGUGUUCUUUUCCUGUCAUGCCAUUAAUUCAUAUGGUGAAGACCGAGGCCUCAUACAGCUCACUGUGCAAGAACCACCAGACCCUCCGGAGCUUGAGAUGCGAGAGGUCAAAGCUCGCAGUAUGAACCUGCGCUGGACUCAACGUUUCGAUGGCAACAGCAUUAUUACUAGUUUUGACAUUGAGUACAAGAACAAGUCAGACUCAUGGGAUUUCAAACAUGCCACAAGAAAUAUCUCACCAACCAACAACCAGGCCACCAUAGUGGAGCUACAUCCAGCACGUGUCUACAGCAUUCGCAUGUAUUCUUACAAUAAGAUCGGACGAAGUGAGGCCAGCAAAGAGCUGACUGUCAGCACGGAGGAAGCAGCUCCAGAUGGACCACCGAUGGAGGUCACCUUACUGCCGAUGACAUCGCAGAGUAUCCGUGUGACCUGGAAGGCCCCCAAGAAGGAGCUUCAGAAUGGUGUGAUUCGGGGAUAUCAAAUUGGAUACCGGGAGAACGGGCCAGGUAGCAACGGGCAGUACAGCAUCGUGGAGAUGAAGGCGACAGGAGAUAGCGAGGUCUACACACUGGACAAUCUCAAGAAAUUUGCUCAGUAUGGCGUUGUUGUCCAGGCCUUCAACCGAGCAGGGACUGGACCAUCAAGCAGUGAAAUCAACGCCACCACACUGGAAGACGUGCCCAGUCAGCCACCAGAAAACGUGCGGGUCAUGUCCAUUACCUCUGAUGUGGCAGUCAUCUCCUGGUCUGAACCUCCUCGCACCACUCUGAAUGGAGUUCUCAAGGGCUACCGAGUCAUCUUCUGGCCUCUCUUCCCUGAUGGAGAAUGGGGUGAAAUGCAGAACAUCACAACUACCAGAGAAAGAGUAGAGCUGAAAGGUCUGGAGAAGUUCACCAACUACAGUGUCCAAGUGCUGGCCUACACCCAGGCUGGCGAUGGGGUGAGGAGCAGCGUCCUCUACAUAGAGACCAAGGAAGACAAUCCAGGGCCACCAGCUGGCAUCAAGGCUGUUCCCUCAUCAGCAAGCAGCGUAGUGGUGUCCUGGCUUCCUCCGACCAAGCCCAAUGGCAUCAUCCGCAAAUAUACCAUCUUCUGUUCCAGCCUGGGCUCCGGCCAGCCGGCACCCAGCGAGUAUGAAACAAGCCCGGAACUGCUCUUCUAUCGCAUUGCUCACCUCACCCGUGGACAGCAGUACCUACUGUGGGUGGCUGCCGUCACAUCUGCUGGAAGGGGCAACAUUAGUGAGAAGGUGACCGUGGAGCCUGCUGGGAAGGCUCCUGCCAAAAUCAUCUCGUUUGGAGGCACCGUCACAACACCCUGGAUGAGGGAUGUCCGCCUGCCCUGUACCUCCGUUGGUGAGCCUGGGCCGACAAUCAAGUGGACCAAAGACAGUGAGGAUUCGGCCAUCCCAGUCACACUUGAUGGACACCGGAUAAUUCUUGGCAACGGAACACUGGUUCUGCGCUCCGUUAAAGCAGAGGAUUCUGGGUACUAUACCUGUACAGCCACCAACACACUGGGAUUUGACACCAUUAUUGUCAAUCUGCUUGUCCAAGUGCCUCCAGAUCAGCCUCGCUUGACGGUGUCCACCACCUCCACUUCAUCCAUAACCCUGGCCUGGAUUCCUGGCGACAAUGGCGGCAGUUCCAUUCGAGGCUUUGUUCUCCAGUACUCAGUAGACAACAGUGAGGAAUGGAAGGAUGUCUUUAUCAGCUCCACUGAACGCUCCUUCAAGCUGGACAACCUGAAGUGUGGCACCUGGUACAAGGUGAAGCUGGCGGCCAAGAACAGUGUGGGCGCCGGGCGCAUCAGUGAGAUCAUUGAGGCCAAGACCUUUGGUAGAGAGCCCUCAUUCAACAAGGACCAGCAGCUCUUCACCCACAUCAACUCAACACAUGCCAGGCUAAACCUGCAGGGCUGGAACAGCGGCGGCUGCCCCAUCAGCACUAUCCUACUAGAGUAUCGACAGCAGGGCACAUGGGCGUGGCACUCACUGCGCACAAACACCUCGGGUGACGUCUUCUUGUCCGAGCUGCGGGAGGCUUCGUGGUACGAGCUGAAGAUGAAGGCAUGCAACAGCGCUGGCUGUGGCAAUGAGAGCGCUCAGUUUGCCACGCUGGACUACGAUGGUAGCACGAUUCCUCCAAUCAAGUCGGCACAGGGGGAAGGGGACGACGUCAAGAAGCUCUUCAGCAUCGGCUGUCCGGUUAUCCUAGCCACUCUAGGGGUGGCCCUCCUCUUCAUCAUCCGCAAGAAGCGCAAGGAGAAGAGGCUGAAGAGACUGCGAGAUGCCAAAAGCCUGGCAGAGAUGCUCAUCAGCAAAAACAACCGCAGCUUCGACACGCCUGUGAAGGGCCCGCCUCAGGGGCCUCGACUGCACAUUGACAUCCCACGGGUGCAGCUGUUGAUUGAAGACAAGGAGGGCAUCAAACAGCUGGGUGAAGACAAAGCUACCCUCCCUGUGACGGACACAGAGUUCAGCCAAUCGGUGAACCCACAGAGCUUCUGCACGGGCGUCUCCUUGCAUCACCCUGCCCUCAUUCAGAACACGGGACCCCUGAUUGAUAUGUCCGACAUCCGGCCUGGAACCAACCCAGUGUCAAGAAAGAGCACCAAGUCAGCCCACAGCACACGAAAUCGCUACUCCAGCCAGUGGACGUUGACCAAAUGCCAGGCCUCCACACCUGCACGGACGCUGACCUCUGAUUGGAGGACCGUGGGUUCACAGCAUGGCAUAACUGUGACAGAGAGCGACAGCUACAGCGCCAGCUUGUCCCAGGACACAGAUAAAGGUCGGAACAGUAUGGUGUCCACAGAGAGCGCUUCGUCCACCUAUGAGGAGCUGGCACGUGCCUAUGAGCACGCCAAGCUGGAAGAGCAGCUGCAGCACGCAAAGUUUGAGAUCACAGAAUGCUUCAUUUCGGACAGCUCGUCUGAUCAGAUGACAACGGGGACCAAUGAGAACGCAGACAGCAUGACCUCCAUGAGCACACCAUCCGAACCAGGCAUCUGUCGCUUUACUGCCUCGCCACCCAAACCGCAGGACCAUGAUCGGGGCAAAAACGUGGCAGUUCCAAUCCCACACCGAGCUAACAAGAGUGAUUAUUGCAACCUGCCCCUCUAUAUGAAGACAGACCCGUUUUUCCGCAAGCCAGAACUCCAUGACCCAUGCCCGGUGGUGCCACCCCGCGAGGCCUCCAUCCGCAGCCUGGCUACACGAGCUUAUCACACGCAGGCGGCACGUCACAUGACUCUGGACCCGGGCACCAGCAAGCAUGCCCUGAGUCUGGCACAUGCCAUGGGAGCAGGCAGCGCCAGCACAGCCACCUUACCUCAACGGACUCUCACCAUGCCUGGCUCCUCCGCACUGAACAGUAGCAAUGCCACCGUGGCUGCCACUCCUGGCAAUCCCACCUCUGCCACCAAAACGGGAGGUUCCAGAGACUCGCUCUUAGAGGGCAGCGCGGCAGGCCUGGGAAGAGCCCAGAAGCAGGGGGCAGGAGCCUACUCCAAAUCCUACACUCUAGUGUGAGGUUGGCGCCUUCCUUGCCUGCCCCCCACAUCGCCCAGCCGCCCGUUCCCCUAUGCCCCCCUUCCACCCGUGCGCCCAACCCCCCCCCCCCCCCCAUCCCCAGGGACGUGCCACGCUCUGAAGACAGCACGGCCCUCACUCUUUCAAUAUUUCAGAGAUACUUGUGUACAUAAGGACCUAUUUUCUAGAAAUAAGAACUAUUUUCAUCUUUCGAACAAUCCAGGGCACAAGAAGCGUUCACGUUUUCACGGUGACCAGGGCAGCACCAGGGAAGCGGCUCCUCGCCUUUUUGUUUUGCUUUUUUUCUUUUUCUUUCUUUCUUUUUUAUUUUGUUUUUUCAUUUUCUAGAUUUCUUCUUUGGUUUUUAUCUUGUUUUGUUGUUUUCUGCAGACUUUUGGAGGAGGGGCUUAUGCAUGCAGAAUAUUUUACUGGUGAAAUAAGAACAAAGUGAAGCAACCCUCAAUCUUCUGCAAUGGUGCGUCAAUUUGCAACUGCUUGUGUUCAACUCUACCUUUUUCUAUGAAAAAUAAGAAACCCAACGCCAUGUGCAAUAAAAAUUAUCUUUCUAAGA